AUGACUCAUAUAAAUAAAGAAUACGAAAAAAAUAUAAUAAAAAAUAAAUAUGAAUUAAAAGAUUACUGUGAAUUAUGCUUUGAAAAGGAGUAUGAAGAUGAAGAUAAUGAAGAGGAUGAUGAUAAUGAUAAUGAUAAUGAUAAUGAUGCUGCUGAUGAUGAUGAAGAUUGGUGCGAACAAGAAAAAGACAAAGAUGAUGAUAAUUACAAUUAUAAUGAUAUAGAAGAAAAUUGUAAGAAUACUGAAGAUGAAGUGGAAUUUAGCGUCUAUAAUAGUGAUUAUAAAAAUGAAAUAAAAAGGGAAUAUAACAAUACUUUUUUAUUAAGCAUAAGUGAACUAAAUGCAUAUACAAAUGAAAUAUCUUCUAUUUGUAUAAAAGAUAAAAAAAUAAUAAAGGAAACAAAUAAAUUGCCAAAAAUAAAUUUAGAUAAAAAAUAUAUUGAAAUAGGAUGCUUAGGAUUUUGGAAAUUAUCAAGCUGCAAAAGUAAAUUUGAUAUAAAAAAUUUAAAAGAUAAUAAUGUUAAUACAUAUUGGCAAUCAGCUAGCUUAGCACCACAUACAAUAACAAUACAAUUUAUAAAACUUACAAAAAUUUCUAAAAUUUAUUUACUUUUUAAUUAUUUAUUAGAUGAAUCAUAUACACCAUAUGAAAUAUCAAUAAAAAUAGGAAAUGAUGAAAACCACCUUGAAUUUCUUUAUAAUACUUUCUGUGAUAUAAAUAAAUAUUCGUUAAAUAAGCCUUUUUGGUUUAUAAUAGAUAUAAAAAAUAUUCCUCUUUUAUCAUAUCUUUACAAUUAUAAUACAAAAAUUUUCAAAAAUCGUAAUUAUAUAUAUUGCCGCUGCUUGCAAAUUGUUAUAUUAUCAAGUCAACAUAACGGAAAAGACACACGAAUAAGACAAAUAAAAAUUUUUGGUCCAAAUUAUUUUUUGUAUAAAUAUGACAAAAUGCUUAUAUAG